AUGGUCAACAACGCCAUCUACAAUAAUCCUCCCUAUGCCAAUGGCCGCUUGGCAGACAUCCACAUCACCGAAGAUGGCAGCGACUACUACUACGCAUACUGUGCCUUUUCUGGCUUCAUGGCCAUCUUAAUCCUCGGCCUAGCCCGUCGUAAGAGACGCACUGAUAGAAUCUUCUACUAUCUGUGCGCCACAAUUAAUAUUAUGAUGUGUCUCUCUUACUACGCCAUGGGAUCCAAUCUCGGAAUGACGCCCAUUGACGUCGAAUUCCACCGAACCUGGCCUCGUGUACGUGGUGAUGCACGAGAGAUCUUCUGGGUGCGAUAUGUGCAGUGGUUCAUCAACACCCCCUUGAUUCUGAGCAUCCUCCUUCUGCCCACCUCUCUGCCUGCGCCAAAGUUCCUCUUCACGCUCUUCCUCAACCAGACAAUGAUCAUCAUGGGCUUGGUCGGAGCCGUGACUUCUACCAAGUACAAGUGGGGUUUCUUCGGUUUCGGCUGUGCCGCCCUGUUCUACGUCCUCUUCACCCUCCUCUUCUCAGCCCGCAAGCACGCCCGUCGCCACGGCAAAGAAGUCACCCGAAUCUACAUGAUCGGAAUCAUCUACCAAUUCAUCCUCUGGAUCUGCUACCCAAUCUGUUGGGGAGUUUCCGACGGUGGCAACGUCAUUGCCCCAGACUCCGAAGCCGUUUACUACGGAAUUCUGGAUAUCCUAGCUGUGCCAUUCUUCUCGAUUAUGGUUUUGAUUUUGACCAGGAAACUCGAUUUGGCGGCUUUGGGAUUGAGAUCGCACGAUUACGAUGAUGAGAUUGGUGAGAUUGUGGUUGGACAUGAGAAGAAGCGCGGUGCUACGGGACCGAUGUUGGGACCUAUUAGGAGGAGCUCUUCGUCUAUUGCACGGGGAGGACCGGAGGUUUUGGACCAUCCACAACAUACUCAUGGGAACAACACGACUGGAGGAUUGGAUGUGGGGAAUAACACGGGCAAUGCGACGGCUGUUUAG